AGUAUUUUUAGUAUUAAAAGGAAAUGGAGUAUUGCCGCAUAAAGCUGAUAUGGGACACCAACGUAGCUGGGAUACUGAUCCUGCUCUGCUCUGCUCUGUUUCAAGUGUGGCUCUCAUUCUGUGACAAAACCAGUGUGACAUGGCAGAUGAUGGACUCAUUGAAAGACGCUGCUGAGCAGAUCUGGAGAAUGAUAUGGAAGGAUUUGUUUAAUGAGAACAGCUUCCUGAUCCAAACUGUGGGGACUACCAUUUGGGGAGUGCUAUGUUGGCUGUCACUUAAUUAUUUCUUUUUGGUAGUUGACUAUACUGGCCGUCCACAGUGGCUGUACAAGUAUAAGAUUCAAGAGGAAAAGAACAAUCCUGCAGACAGGGAGAAAGUUCUGGAUACAUUUAAAACGGCACUGUACAACAUUUCAGUUCUAAACUUUUUGUUUAUAACUGUAAUGUAUUACCCGAACACGAGAUGGUUGGGCUCACUGCGCUCCACUGGUCUGUUACCAACAUUUGGGGAACUUGUUCUCCAGAUCUGGGCAUUUAAGAUCAUCGAGGAGUUGGGCAAUUACUACGGACAUAGGAUACUACACAUGCCUCGGUUCUACAAAUACCAUAAGAAGCAUCACGAAUGGACGGCCCCCAUGAGCAUCGUAUCGUCUCACACUGGAACUGUUGAGCAUAUCCUUGGAAGCAUCCUCCCAGCAGCAGCAGGUCCUUACAUCUUCAGGUCUCAUCUCUUUGUGGUAUGGAUUUGGUCACUCUUGGUACUGUUUAACACAACUGUAGAGCACAGCGGAUAUCACCUUCCUUUCCUCUACAGUGCUGAGGGACACGACUAUCAUCACAAAACGUUAACAUCUUGGUACGGUACAAUGGCAUUUCUGGACGUUCUACAUGGUACAGAUAAACCCUUCAGUGGCACAGUUGAUGGGAAGAGACACUUUAUAUCCUGUACCCUGACACCGGUGAAGAAAACUGUUCGUGAGAAUAGUCGCAGGGUGGAAUGAUGGCAAGGAAAGAAAAUCGCGAAAAUGAAAGGUGGUUCAUAACCGAGUGUCAUGGUUUGAAAGUUUUGUAAAAUCUGAUCAAGUUUUGUUUGUUGUAAUUACAUUUGGUCAAGUCUUAUUGAAGAUUGAUUUUGUGCUUGAUAACAUGCUAGCAAUUGGUGAGAGAAAUCUUGCAGCUUCACGUAAUGAUAAAUAUUGGUGUACAUCAAAUCAAUUUUUGUACCUUUAAAAUUUUAAUUAUUGAAAUAAUGGUUUUGCAAUUCGUUUCUUUAAGGCGUUUUAUGCACAGAACUUAAAUGGUUAGGCACAGCUUAAACCUGACCUUUGAAAGGGCUUUAUGUUCUUAAUCUUAAUCUUAACUGUCAUCAAGAUGUAAAUCAGAUCGAACGAGAAAUUAGAUCGAACCAGUUCGAUCUAGGAAUUAGAUCGAACGCUGGCGCGAGAUACAUAUACAAAUACAUUGAAAGCCGCGCCGCGCGUUCGAUCUAAUUCCUAGAUCGAACUGGUUCGAUCUAAUUUCUCGUUCGAUCUGAUUUACAUCUUGGUGACAGUAAUUGUAAACGUAUAGAUAUUGUGUAAUUUUGUUGUUGAUUUAAUUUUAUUACUAUCUAUUGCAUGUUCAUGUUUGAAAAAGCC